CCCAAACAAACCAAUUUGCAGCAAAUAAGUUGAUUCUCAAUCUGCCAGUACUCGAGGCUGUGCUUACAUCGGUUGUAUUCAUCGGUCCACGAAUUAAUCUGCCACCAUGGACAAGUUCCAAGCUUUCGGAAAGAACCUCAGCGCGAGCUUCACCCCCUUUGCUGCGCGCACGCAGCAGUUGAUCAAGGAGCAGUUGGGUCAGGCUGAAGACAAGACGCAGCUCCCUGAUGAAUACAUCGAGCUCGAGAAGCGCGUUGAUGCGCUGAAGCUGGUACACCAGAAGCUCCUCCAAGUGACCUCCCAGUACUCCAACGAGGCCUACGACUACCCUCCCAACAUCCGCGAGUCCUUCAAUGACCUAGGCCGCACCAUCAGCGAAAAGGUCCAGCUCCUGUCGCAGGCCGCGUCCCCCGCCGAGGCGCAGGCGGCCCUGGUCGCCCCUCCAUCGGCCAAACCCCAGCCCAAGACCUUUAACCAUGCCAUCGCGCGCGCCUCUCUUGCUGGAUCCCAGACCCUGGCACAGGUCCACCCCGGCGAGGACCCGCUGGCGACCGCGCUCGAGAAGUACGCGCUCGCUUCGGAGAAGGUGGGCGAGGCCCGUCUGGCGCAGGACGCUCAGAUCCAGUCGCGCUUCCUGGCUGGUUGGAACACUACCCUGAACACCAACCUGAUGUUUGCGGCCAAGGCGCGCAAGAACGUGGAGAAUGCCCGGCUCAUGCUCGACUCGAUCAAGGCCAGGCGGAAGGCGGCUGCCGGCGGUGAUCUGGACAACCUGAGCGAGGAGGCGCGUGCGGAGAUUGAACAGGCGGAAGACGAAUUUGUCGGCCAGACUGAGGAGGCCGUGAGUGUGAUGAAGAAUGUUCUUGACACCCCUGAGCCUCUGCGGAACUUGGCAGACUUGAUUGCUGCGCAACUCGAGUUCCACAAGAGAGCCUACGAGAUUCUCAGUGAGCUGGCUCCUGUAGUGGACGGAUUGCAGGUUGAGCAAGAGGCUAGCUACCGUAAGAGCCGUGAGGGUGCUUAGACUGCGCCUGGGCGUGUUGUUCUCUUCUUUUAGUUUUUGUCUCCUUCUCGUCAGCCACAUUGUGAUAAACGCGACUGUUUCUGCGACAGACUUAUAUCCAUAUAUCUUUUCCGCAAAUGUAGACUGCUGGU